CAACCAUAUUUGAAUUUGAAAGGGCAUAUUCCUUCCAACCAUAAAGCAAAAGGCGAAGGAACAAGGCAUUAGGCAAAGAAGGAGAGAGCUGAAAUUCAUCGACAGACCAAAAAAAGCAAAAAGAAGAAAUAAAACGCGAAGGGGAAAGCUGGAAAACUCUCCAUCUUCCUCACCGCCUGAAGAAGGAAAGAGAAAAUCCGGUUGUGAUCGCCUGACGACGUGAAGGCAAACUCCAUCUCCAUCAUUAGCGCAGGAGGUUGAUCGGCGGCCGGUUUUGCCUUCCUGUGCUUCACUUCUGUCCGGCUGUUCCUAACGCUUGACGACAUUCUAAUGAUGCCGGAUGCAUCUCAGGAGUUGGUAAAAAGCAGCGAACACACUGGCCACCACAUAAGACAAGAUAAUGAAUAUGUUAGGCUUGUCAUGUCUGAUGAACCAAAUCCAAUUUUACCACAUGUCUCGGAACCUCCAACACCAUCGAAGACCAGGCCUUCCCUGCGUUGGACCAAAAUUCUAGCAUUGUGCAUAGUUAUUGCUAUAGUUGUCUUCGUUUCAAUCAAAUGGGUAUUACCAUUUCUUUUCAAAAAGGUUCUGUACCCAGUGAUGAAAUGGGAAGCAACUGCCUUUGGACGUCCAGUCCUUGCUCUUGUACUUAUUGGUUCUCUGGCGUUGUUCCCUGUUUUCUUAAUUCCUUCUGGUCCUUCAAUGUGGUUGGCUGGUAUGAUUUUUGGAUAUGGCAUUGGAUUUGUCAUAAUCAUUGCUGGAACAACGAUUGGGAUGAUCCUGCCUUUCUUCAUUGGCCUGUUUUUUCGUGACCGUAUCCAUCAAUGGUUAGAGAGAUGGCCCAAGCAAGCUGCCAUGCUGAGACUAGCAGCAGAAGGGAACUGGUUCCAUCAAUUUCGAGUUGUUGCCCUUUUCAGGGUAUCCCCAUUUCCAUACACAAUUUUCAACUAUGCAAUAGUCGUCACAAGCUUAAGAUUUUGGCCCUACAUAUGUGGUUCAGUUGCUGGAAUGAUCCCAGAAGCUUUUCUUUACAUCUACAGUGGUCGACUAAUCAGGACACUUGCUGAAAUGAAUUAUGGGAAACAUCAUCUGACACCAGUGGAGAUCGUGUAUAACGUAAUCUCGUUCAUCAUUGCAAUCAUAACUGUCAUAGCUUUUACUUUGUACACAAAAAGAGCUUUGAACAAGCUUGAAAAUGGAGAGGAUACUGCCAGCCCGUUGUCAGCAGCACACGUUAGUUACGAGAUGGGUAAGCUACCACAUGAACAAUCCAAUCAUAUGGUUCUGUCAUCUUUUGUAUCAUGACCCCCAACUAGAUUGGGAAAAAAUUAUCAUUGCCCCUUGUAAAAAGUAUCCCCCCUGCAAACUUCUAACCCUAAUUUUGCCUCUUGUUUAGCUAUAACUAAUGUUCCAGUCUCCCUGUUUGUAUUUACAAUCUAGAAAGACAAAAUACACUGCUUGUGAUUUACCCAAGAAGCAGAAGUCCACAAUGGCUGUAAUUCUCUGAUGAAUAACAGACUACUUAUGUUAUUUCGGUGUGGUUACAACAGGAAAUAAAGAUUGAGAAGAAAGCAUUGUAGGUUCUAA